GUCUGAGCGAUGGCCAGUUCUCCCUCUCCCUUCGUGGCCGCUGCGGCUCAAGGUCCAAGGGCCGAACGCCCUUCGCGACACCACGCCGCAGCCCGCGCUCCCCCCGUAUCGGCGGCCCGCCAUGGCAGGCACCGCGUGCGCCGGCGUGCAGCUCCCCGGGUUGGCGCCGGCGUCCGCGCCGAGGGAGUUCUCGACUCCCAGGAUCGGGUUUUCGGGCGCCCCAAGUGGCUCGAUGGCAGCGGGGAGGCUACGGCAGACCUCUCCCGCGACCUCGGCCCCUUCGAACGCGUCCGCAGGCCGCCCGGACUCGGCUCUCGGGGGCCGGCGUCGGCGACUCUCAGCGAGCUGCCCGACGUGAAGAGCCUCGCCGCGGAGGCCCCUGCCAAGCGUGGCCUGACGGGCCGGCUCGUGGGCGACUCGUUCACCUCACCCGAGCUGCCCAAGAUGGGGCGGGCCACCACCAAAGAGUCCGGCGCCGACGAGGUUUUUCUCCCGCCGCCCGACCCCUACGGUUUCGCGAGGACCUGCUUCUUGGCCAGACCGGGUCAGCGCGCCAGUUUCAGCCAGCCCUCGGGCUUGCGCUGCAAGCGCUCGCUUCCACUUGCGGAUCCACGCGUGCAGGCGCGGGCGACCUGAAGGUGGUGGGCGACAUGGUAGGGGAACAAGUUUUGACGCUUCGCGUAUCCCUACCAGCCCAUCCAGAAACAAUGCCCAGCCCGGAAGGGGGAGACGGGGGUUGGAAGAGAAACCGCUCUAGACCACCUGCGCCCGAGAGGGCUGGGGUGACUGGGACGCGGUGUCGCAUUUGCGCAGCGUCGUUUGAAUACACGUUUUUUUUAUUGCGUGCGGGGCGCAACGCUGCGCCCGCGCCACUAGCCUGACGGUGCGAGCUUCACACCAUCUUCAGGCUAUGGAGGCUGAAUGUUUAAUGACCUGCCUAACUCAGGACGGCGCUGUCUCUUCAGGCCAGCGCCUCAAUAUUAUCCUUAUGUUUAUUCUCCUCUCUUUUCACAUUCGUCUCUCUCUCACUCUCGAACGACAAGCUGGUGUUGGAUAUUUAUUUCGGUGGCCCGCUCCAGGGACGCGCUCUCCAGCCCCCCGUUGUUUGAAACGCUUUUACUGCGUACUCCUAGACAUUUCGCACGGCUUUUCUGCCUGGCCUUGCCGGGCCGCAGUAUUUUGGCACUCCGCGUGAGUCCCUGUCCGUCCCUUCUCCCAUUCCUAGUCCCCCCGCCCCUUCCUUCCCCCCGCCCCCUCCUCCUCCUCCUCCUCCUC